GCCUCCGCCCGCGCCGCCUCCCUCCCCGCCCGUUCCAACACCCUCCGGGAACUACUUUGCCCGCUGCCUCCGGCUCACGGGCUCGUCCGCGGCGACGGCGGUGGCGUCCCAAGAUGGCGUCGUGGCUGCCGGAGACUCUGUUCGAAAUUGUAGGACAAGGCCCAGCGCCGAGCAAAGACUAUUACCAGUUAUUGGUCACCCGGUCCCAGGUAAUCUUUAGAUGGUGGAAGAUCUCUCUGAGGAGUGAGUAUCGAUCAGCAAAGCCUGGAGAAGCAAAAGACACUCACGAAGAGUUCCUAGAGAACUCCCACCUCCAAGUUCAAAUUGCCUUAAUAUUUGGUGCAAGAGUAUUAGACUAUGUCUUCAAUUUAUGUGAAGGUAAAUUUGACUUCCUUGAACGGCUCUCAGACAAUUUGCUCCUGAGUAUCAUUUCUUAUCUGGAUCUUGAAGAUAUUGCCAGGCUUUCUCAAACAUCACGCAGAUUUGCAAAGCUGUGCAUGUCGGACGAGCUGUGGGAGAAGAUAGUUCACUCUUGCUGUGACACCAUCACACCUGACAUGAGGGCCCUGGCCAAGGAUAUGGGCUGGAGGCAGAUGUUCUUCACCAACAAGCUGCAGCUCCAGCGGCAGAUCCGCAAGAGGAAACAGAAACAAGGGAGCCAUAGAACCAGUCACCUUUAGGGACACAUCUGCCCACCUGCAGGAGGGCCGAGAGACGGCUGUCUUUUUCUCCUGCGUCCCAAUCUCUUCUGUUUCCUUCGACUGAGCACUAAGAUUUCCUUUGAUUUGAACAGGCUGGUUCAAUAUCCCACCCGAGAAGCAUACCCAGCCGGUGUUGGCACACGGGUGCACCAAAACCCGACUCGGCAGUGCCUUACCUAAACCGCAGUCUCCUGCAGUGAGGGUCAAGUCCGUGGCCCCUGCAAAGGGCUGCGUGACAGGAAGCCCUUGAUACCCAUAAGAAAAGAGGCUUCUGCUGUACAGGAAACAAACAAUAAAUGAUUAUUAGCAGGUGUUUUUUUUUUUUUUUACUACAUAUCUGUAGUUUUUUUCUGGCAUUUGAAAGGCGUCCCGAGCUUUUGCAUUUUUCCCCAAUGGAGGUGGCUUUGUGUCCUCCCCCCCCCCCACCCCCCCCAGGGAACAGGGAGCGGCAGGGGCCACGGGAGGCAGUUGGCAGUCUGGUGAGCGUAGCUGCCCUCCCAGCUGUCUUCCCCUACAUUUGAAUUCAGGGCCCCAUCCUGUGGGCCCCGGGAUGCCACGCUCCAUCCCUGCGUGGGGACAACCCCAGAUCUGGCCCUGCGGCGAGCCCAGCAUUCUGCCUGCGGACCCCUCUCCAGAGCCCACCUUCCCAGGACUUCACGUGGUCAAAUAGAGCUACCAGCUUUUCUCAGAGGGAUGCUGUUUCCCCAAAGGAAUGUGAUGGGUAAUUUACAGCCCUCUGAGCUGUCCUGAGGAUGAAGUACCCCCAGAUAAUGACACUCUUAGCGCAAAUAAUCUAAUGACUCCUUUUAGGUGACAGAAAAAAGUAGCUGUCAACCUCCCAUCACCUUCUUCACCGUUACCAUUUCUUCUUCCCUAUGACCUCCACCCUAGUGCCUUGAAGAGAUCAUCUAUGCUGCACCUGUUCCCCGUGCAGGGGAAUUUCCUGUGAUGCCCCGAGACCUCCCACACGGGCUGUUCUCCACGCCUGAGUCCUUCCGAAUGGCUCAUGGCUGUGGCUUGGUGACACCUUCUUCCUCUCUCUCUCUUUUUUUUUUUUACCAAAACCUGUGCUAAUAUCAAACCAGAUUUUAACUUCCAUCCCUUAAAACUCACACCCAUGAAACUCAGAGAUUUUCCAGCAACAUCUGUGAGAUCAAGCGCAUUCUGCUUCCUGUCAAAGUUGUGCCUGGAUUGAGUCCAGGCAAAGAGCAAAGAUUUAAUGGGUGAGAGACCCAGGCCUCAUUCCCCACCCGGGAGAGAUCUGUCAGGGUGAUGCAGGUGACUGGCCGGCAGGCGGAGGGCAUGCACUUCGUCAUGGCCCCUGCAGUCUUGUUUCUCCCCGAGGUCCUGAGGUCGCUCAGGGCCAGCUGUUUAGUGCCAGAACAUAGAUUAAUACCACGUGUGCGCAACGACUGUGCGUGUGCACAAUUUGGUAUGCAACAUACCUACAUAAAUAUAAAAUUACAACUCAUUCGUCGCCGAUGCAAAUAUGUCAACAGCUUAAGCAUUGCAUAUCUAGUGUUUAAUCAACUGACAGACCCUGAAAGCUUAUGGGCGGGCACAACAUUCUAGAUUCAAUAUGAAUUUGUGUUUGGAAGAACACAAAUGUGGCCAUUUGAAAACUCUUAUUACCUACGUAAAAUAUAAUGUAAAAAUGGGCGCUGAAAGUAAAUAGCAAUGAAAAGGGAGUUAUUCAUACGUUGACUGUUGUUAGAUAGGACUUUAAAUAACAUAGGUUACUAGAUUAUUCUGGGGAUUAUUUGCCCUAAUGAUUUGGGUGCCUUAUUACCUGAUUAUAAUUUUUUUUUUUUUUUGUCAACCUAUAGACAGUAUCACCAACCUACUAUCCUGCAGGGGACCAGUUGACACAUUUUGCCCCUCUUCGCCAGCCUCGUUCUCCAUGUUUGAUCCCAUGUGACGAUCCCACUGGAUGGGAACAGGCAGGUCUGGUGUUGAUCUCUGCCUCACUCGACAGCUUUCACAUAGACAAAUUAAUCUGCUUUGCUUAUGACACACAAUCUCACAGUGAAAUGCUGCAGCAUCGUACAAUCUUUCCCUUUCUCAUAUUUUCAGUCAAAAGUGUUCCUACUCUGUUAUCAUUUACCGUUGUCACAGUAAAAGCAAAAUGCUGAUA